UGGCACUAGGAAUUAUUAUUACUCAUCUGUGAUUCCAUCAGGUAUUGGGAAAAGUGCCUCCAUACCGUGCGGAAAUUAUGGGGGAAACGGCCCCCCCACAAGCCCCAGCGGGAAGCCUCGGAAUCGGUGUCUCUGGCGUCGGCCUGCUCGGAGGUGGAGCGGCUGCCCCUCGCCUGCACACUGCCAUAGUGGAGCGUUUGCGGGCGCGGAUCGCUGUGUGCCGCCAGCACCACCUGAACUGCGAGGGUCGCUAUGAGCGCAGCAGGGUGGAGAACACGGAUAGAGAGAGGGAGAAUACCCUGCAACUGCUGACCUUGGUGCAACACGGCCAAGGGACCAGGAAGAACAGCAAGCACAACAAGAGCACCUGUGCUGCUCCCCCGGACUACCGCCUGCACCAGCAACAGCAGCAGCUGCUCUCGGAGAACGGCAGCGAUAUCGGUGGAGAUCGGCACCACCAAACGUCUAAUAAUCUGGGACAAAGAAACCCGGCGCUGGUGGCUCUUCAAGGUUCACUGAAGAGGAGAUUGGUGGUAAAUGUAUCUCCAACCAACAGCAAGAGACCAAAUGGCGUCUUGGAUAAUUCAUUCCUCGACUUCAAGAAAAUUCGAACCAAUGACCGCCUGUCAGCCGGGCAGAACAUGUAUCAUGGAAUUGAUGGAGUAAACCAAUCCGUUAAUGGACUUUUACCAAUGGAGCAAACCUUACACAGAAAAAACAGCAAUGCAAGCAGUAAUUGCGAGGCUAAUGAUUUGUUUAACUCAACGUUAAAAGGUAUAAAACAGGAACCUGGAGAGAAUUCAUCAUGUGGCAAAAACCUUGACCCUCGGAUAUCUCAUGAAAACUCAUUUAGGUAUGGAGAUGACUCUGGAGAGCAACUUAUGGAUCCAGAUCUCCAAGAAUUGUUCAGUGAAUUCACAUAUAUUUCUGUGCCACCAAUGAGUGAUCUUGAGCUGCAGAAUAUGAUAAAUAUAACAAUUAAGCAAGAUGAACCAUUUAACAUAGACAUUGAUCAACAUAAUCAAAGAAACACAGCAACAUCUGCACCUUUGGACAAAGUAAUUAAAACUGAAUAUACACAGUGUAUGAAUCAUACACGAGUUGGAUCACCACAAAUAAGGCCUUCAUCGACAGGGCCAACUUUUUCCAUGUCUAGUUCCCCUUUGACAUCUUCUCCUACCACUCUCUCCAGUCAAGGCCAGUCCCAAUCGCCAUCUUGUUCAAACCGCCUGAGCAACUGGCAGGAGCUAUCUCAUGCCCAACAGUUGAAACAGAUAGCAGCCAACCGGCAGCAUAACUUGAUACAGCAACAACAGACUAAUCCAUCGGCAAGCUGGUCAAAUGUCCCAGCCACAGGACAAUCAUCAAGACAGUAUGGGAUGGAGAAAGUCCCCAGCCCUUUCCGGCAGCAACAGUUAAGUCCUCAUGGUACCUCAAUGAGUGGAGCCUCUGUAAGUGGAAAUCAGCCAAAAACACUUAAUAGCUACCUCUAUAAAAAUAACUCUAGUGCCCAGAGUGCCUCACUUGACAUGAUAAAACCUCAAGAUUCUAACAAGAACUCUGUCAGCUCCAGUCAUUUGCCUGAAGAGCAUCACCAUGGCCUUGCAAAACCUCUGUUCCACUACAGCUCUGAGCAAACUAACCAACAGGCGUCAUCUGGUUUGGUGCAACAGAGUAAACCGAUGUUACCAUUCUCACAUCAGCAGAAUUCUACCGCAUUACAGCAACAUGAGCAAAUACAGCAGGUCAAUUCCUUGACUGCCAAUCAAGCAAUUCCAAGGUCAGGAGGAUUCCAACAAAAGAUGAUCAUUUCAAAGAUGCAGCAAAAUCAGAAAAUGCCUGGACUUCAGUAUCCAAAUGUACAUCCACAACAGGAACAGCACGCUAAUGCCACCCAGAGUCCUGGCUCCAGCACUGCUUCCUGUACAAGUCCCAAUGGUUACAACAACCAGCAGCCCUUGUUAAAUCAGCAAAUGGUGGACAAGACGAAUAUUCUACAAAGGCAGAUGAUGCAGCAGCAGAUGAUAGCUAGAACGGAAAAGUGUAAUGGUCAGGAUCAGCUGAACAGACAUUUGACAAGACCACCACCAGACUACAAGGAUCAGAGGAGGAACACUGUGGGAAUGCAACAGCCAAGCCAGUUCCCUGGUGGAAUACAAACUGUAGGUGCCGCCUCUGAUCCACCAGUGACCAAUGCAACGUCAGGACAUAUAACACCUCAGAAUCCAACCCAUUCUUCAACAAGCCAUGCUUCUAGAAUUACUUCUGUACAUGGAAGUCCAAGCUUGUAUGGGAAUGUUCCAUGCCCACAGCAGAACAUGUACAACAAUAUAAAUCAAGGGCAACAGCAAACCAGUCCAAAUCAUAUGGGAACAAGCCCAAAUGGCAAUGUCUUGCCACGGCAGUCAACAACUACACCAGGAAACAAUCCAGCUUCUUUUGGUAAUCCUGCAGGAGUCAACCCUCCACAAUUCAGACCUGGUCUAAAUCAUGGAAAUAAUUCAGUGGGACAAAGGCCUCCAAACAUCAUCAAUAACACAACAGCCACACAGAAGUGGAUGGGUCCAGAAAUAAAAAGGCAGGACAUGGUGAGCUUCACCAAUAAUCAGUUUUCCAACCAUUCAGUUCAGGGCGUGAUGGGUCAUCACCAUUUUCAUCAGCGUGGUCUCUCAUUGCCCAGCCAGGUCAACCAAGGUCUACAAAUAAAUCAGAUGACAUCAGCGAGCAGUGGACAAUCUAUGGAACCUCUAAGAGGUUUUAACCACGGACAAAGCCCUCAGAGAUCUCAAAUUCUGACCAACCUAAGCCAAGCUGGUGGAACUGCCACAGCAACAACAAGCACAUUUAAUCCCACCGAUCAGAUUCCUAGAGCUUUUCCAAGGAGCGACUCAAAUAACGACUUGGCUGCCUUUGAUUUUAUUUCACAGAAUAGUGGACUAGGCUCAUCUCCCAACAAUGACUCAGACUUUAUUGAUGUCUUAUUGAAAACGGGUCACAUCAAUGAUGACUGGAUGAAAGACAUCAACCUAGAUGAGAUUUUCAAGGGUCAUACAUAA